GGCGGGUGCCGGCGACGUUCCUCCGGCCCGGUUCCGUCUGCUUCCGAUAUCCACGAGACACUGUGUGUUUUUGUUAGAUGAAAAGAUAAACUUCUUAAGGACACGUAGACUGAGAGAAUUCAUUGACUAUCAGAAUACUAUCUGUCAACUCCAUAAUGCUGGCUUGUGUAUGUCACCCAUCUCGUGCGCACAAUCUCCCACGCCCUCUAGAGCCAGUGCACCGCCCGCGCCCACGACAUGCGCCAGCCGCCCAUGCCUCACAUUUUGCUCACGACGCCUAUAGCACCUCUGUGUUCGACUUCAUAACCUAUAACUGUGACAAUUAUAAUAGUAAUGGCUCUGGCGUCGUAGAAAACGGGAAAGGCGAGAAUGAAGGUAAGAGAGAACGGACCACGGUGAGAACGAAGAGGACUAACUCCGAUAAACACAUCAGCAACAACAAUAAUAAUGAAAAGACGAUAGAUAAGAACCGUGAUAAGAAAGAGAAAACCCAGGAGAGGAAGGAAAAAAGUGCCGAGAAGAAGGAAAAGGGGGAAAAGGCGUCUCCUACUAUGAAAUCGAAAAGUAAUCUCGAGAGAAAGAAGAGCGCGGAGACUGGCAGUGUCACCAAGGGCGCGACCAAGCCCCCGCCCCCCUGCGAACACAGGAAGAACAGCAGCGGCAGCAGCACUGGCGGGAGCGGAGGCGGAGGGAGCGCUGAUCGGGAAGCCCCGCAGCCUCAGACGCUGGCCAAGAUCCGGGGUUCGAGAUCCGAAUAA